UCUUAAAAGUAGGUGAGCCCUAAAUUUUUACAAUUUUAUUUCUCUGCAUAAUUGGUAUCAGUCAUUAUCCUCACCCAGUAAAUGGGGAUUCACAUCAUCUUCGAAGACAAAUCUCUCUCAUUUUUAAUAAUUCUUUCUUUCAUUCAAAGAAAAACACGAAUGGAUUGUGCCUAACAGUUUUUAUUUUCGAUAGAAAUUACAUGGAGUCUGCCGGCUGGUAUGAAACGACAGGAGUAUUGAGUUAAUUCAUAUCAGGAGAUUAAUCAGAUCGUGUACUUGGUUAGAUAAUGUUCAGAAUGGAGGUUCAUCUACAAUGGUGGAAAAUGAUUGUGAUGAUGGUAGUGAUGGCCAGUGAAGUUCAUUCAAUGGUGAAUCUUGGAAGGCAAAGGGAGAUCUCGGACCAAAUUCAUCCCCAAACUGAAGGAUUCUCAUACCAGGUUAGUCAAACGCAAUCUCGAAAAGAAAUCCCCCCAUUGGUAUUUUUUGAGGUUACAAAACCCAUUGAACUUCCCAAAGAGAGGCCUUGCUCUAUCCAUGUUUUACAAUAUGAUUUUGGGCACACAAUAGGAAAACCUCCAGUGAUAGUGGAGUACAAUCCCCCUAAAUGGUGCCCUGACAGAUGGAGUAAAGUGGUUAUGGAGUGGAAGGCAACAUGUAAAGGAAGACAGUUCGAUAGAAUUGCAGGGGUAUGGUUGAGUGGCGUGGAGAUCCUCAGGACGUGUACUGCAGAGCCCACAAAGACAGGAAUUGAAUGGACUAUUCUCAAGGACAUAACUAAGUACUCCCCAAUGUUGAAGAGCCCUCAGAUUCUUGAAGUGAAGCUUGCCAAUUUAAUAGAUGAUACCUAUACGGGGGUUUAUCAUGUCAAUAUAACAUUCCAUUUUUAUGAAGAGGAGGAGAUGGGCUUGCAUCAUUAUGGGUAUGCAGAUUCGAUUAUGCCAAUUUCCUUGCCCUACUCACAGAGUGCAGGUGCCUGGUUCCAAAUACAAAAUGCAUCAGAUGUCCAGGGGAAGUCAUUGCGCAUACCACCUAAUGCAUACAGGGCAGUUCUGGAGAUUUAUGUUUCAUUCCAUUCAGAUGAUGAGUCCUGGUACGCUAAUCCUCCUAAUGUGUAUAUUGAAGCUAACCAUUUGACCAACACAGCAGGUAAUGGGUCUUUUAGAGAGGUAGUGGCUUCGGUAGAUGAUAUAGUGGUUGGUGCUGUGUGGCCUUUUCCUGUAGUUUAUACAGGAGGGAUUAAUCCACUAUUCUGGCGUCCUGUUUCUGGUAUUGGGUCUUUUAUUCUCCCUAGCUAUGAAAUAGAAAUGACGCCAUUUUUGGGAAGAUUGCUAGAUGGAGAAGAGCACAAGUUCAGCUUGACCGUGACCAAUGCUCUCAGUGUGUGGUUUGUGGAUGCAAAUUUGCACUUGUGGCUUGAUAAAAAUAGUGCAAGAACAAAUGGAAAAUUAACUGAAUAUGAGGCGCCCCCUUUAAAGAUCAAUGUUGAAUCAAACUUUGAAGGCCUGGAUGGAUCGUUUGUUACAUCUGCCAACAGGAAGAUUUCCCACUCUGGCUGGGUAGAAUCAUCUCAGGGAAAUAUAACUACUCACAUUUCACAAGAAUAUAAGUAUAUAAAUUCAAUGACUUUUGGAAACAAUGGAGACGCACAGACAGUGGAGCAAAGUAUUAUGGCCACAAGUGGUGCUAUACUUAAGGCGCCCACAGGGAUGCUAUUAUCUACUCAAGUUGAUAGUUCUUUUUGCAUAUAUAUGUAUUUUGCUGUGGUGGACAAAGGUAAUGACACCACUCUUGAGACGGCAAACUUCUCAAAUGGCUUCAAUAUGGAUAUCUCCAUUGUUGCCCCAACGAAUAGUUUUUUCAGCUCCUUAAAUAAUACUCAGAAUUCAGAGGGCUAUAUUUUUGUUCAGAAUAACUUAGUCAGAAGUGGGUUGGGAAGCACCCAAGAGACAUACAGGUAUCGGAGUACUGAAGGUUGCUAUUCUAGAUCUUUGAGUGUAAGCAACUAUACCUUUCUUUCAGAUCAUAUAGACACAUUCUGUGGCAACACGUCCUUAUACUUCGAAGGAUAGCUUUCUUCAUAGAAAGCCAAGGCAGGCCACACAAAGGUAGGUUCUGCUUUUCUAAUUAUUUUAAUUGGUUGACAUGCAAUUCAUUCUCAGAUGUAUAAAUCAGCAAGUAUUUUCUACCAUAUGGCAUGAAAUCGGAUUUCAUUGCACUAUGGUUCAAAGUUAAAAGAAUUGAAUUGGUCAAUAAAUUGUAAUCCCAGCAUUCAUUGCUUUGCUAUAUAAAAAUACAACUCGCAGAGAACAAAUGUGUCAUCACUUAUGUGAUUUGAUGCAUGCUAUUUUGUUUGAGUGCAAAUUGAGAAAUCAAUUCUUUAUAUUCACAAUACUUCUUAAU